AUGGCUGCUCUUAAGGUUAUAGUCUUCGGACCUUCUGGAGCCGUUGGAUCGGCCACUGCUCGCACCGCUCACGAACUUGGAGCAAAGGUGGUACUGGCAAUGCGGAACACCAAAAAGCCUAUUCCAGGCCUUGAUGAGGCAACAAUCGAAGACAGUUUCGAGAGAGUCCAAGCCGAUCUGCAUCACCCCGAUAGUGUCCACGAUGCUGUCUCUAGCACUCAAGCAACCCGGGCGUUUCUUUAUAUCGCCCACCGCUCAUCCGACAACAUGAAGUCUACCUUUCAGGCACUCAAGUCUGCUGGUAUCGACCUGGUGGUAUUGCUCAGCAGCUUUACCAUCCAAGGUGAACCGGAGGAUGUGCAACCCAGUGAGGUCAUACCAUACCUACACGCCCAAGUCGAGAUCAGUUUGAAAGAAGUAUUUGGACCAGGCAGAUACGUCACGGCUAGACCAGGUUCAUUUGCCAGUAACACCAUUCAGUACAAGGCGGGAAUCGAGAGUGGGCUAGUCAAGAUUUUUGCACCAGAAUCUACAUUUGAUUGUAUUGCUCAAGAAGACAUUGGGAGAGCAUGUGGCACAGUUCUUGCCAAAGGACCGCUCGACGGAAACACGGCCAUGUAUCUAUACGGGCCACAGUUGAUCUCCCAGGCAGACUGUGUCAAGACACUCGCAAAGGUAUUAGGCAAGAGUCCUACUAUUGAAACGAUGGACAGAGAGGAAGCAUACAAGACUUUCACAGAACAGCGUCAGUGGCCUAUUCCUCUCGCGGAAUACAUGAUCAAGCAAUUGGGGAUUGUAGACCCUGCACGCAGUCUGGUUAGUGGCUAUCCAGUUGGCGCGGAGCAGCUGUCGAGUAUCGAGAGAUACACUGGUAAGAAAGCAAUGACCUUUGAGGAAUGGGCCGAACGGAACAAGCAAAUGUUUAUUUCUUGA